AUGCAGAGGAAGCUGGCGCUGCUGAUUGGCAUCGGUGCCUUGACCGUCCUCCUGAUGCUGAGGUGGGACCACGUGAUGACCUUAGUGAACCUCAUGAGCAGCAAACAACCUUCAGCUGAGCCUGAACUGCCCCCGGACACCAUCACCCCCAUCCCAGGCUCCAGGCACCUCAUGGUGUCUGCCUUUAAGGACCACAGACUGGGCGGGGCCAUCAGGGUGAGCAGCAUCAUCUGCAGGCAGGAGCUGCAGCCGCUCUACUGUGUCCUAUGUGCUAACACUGACGCUAAGGCUGUUGGUGCUCUGAAUCAGUGCGCAUUUUCACAGGCAAAAGUUGACGUGCACAGCGAAAGCUUCGGUUUUCCUUUUGUUACUUCAGACGUGUUGUGUAUGAGUCCAGCGUUGCAGCAAGCCACACAUGUCAGCAUAACAGCUAACCCAUACGCCAAUUUGACAUUUUUAUCAAUCCACAACCAGGAGGUCAAGGAAUCGUUUAGGUACAACUUCACUGUAUGCAUAUCUAGCCUUUUUGGGGAGUACAAUAAUGCCCUCCAAUUUGCACAAACCAUGGAGAUGUACAAGCUUAUAGGGGUUCAGAGGGUUGUCAUCUACAACACCAGCUGUGGACCAGACAUAGAGAAAAUUCUCAAGUACUACAGGAAAGAGGGCAUGCUUGAGGUUGUGCCUUGGCCAAUAGACAAGUUCCUAACGCCCUCUACUGGGUGGAAAUAUGACUUACACCCUGGGGACAUUCAUUAUUAUGGACAGCUCACCACUCUGAACGAAUGCAUAUACAGAUACAUGUACCAGUCAAAGUACCUCCUGCUGAAUGACAUUGAUGAGAUCAUUAUGCCUUACAAGCAUGCCAACCUGGAGAAGUUAAUGGGCACUCUACAGCAAGAGCAUCCCAACGCAGGGGUUUUCAGGUUUGAGAACCAUCUCUUCCCCAAAACGCAGUUUGAUGACAGCGGCCGAUUUCGUCUGCCUCGGUGGAGGAGUGUGCCUGGUGUGAACAUCCUGGAGCAUGUCUAUCGAGAACCGAGUAGAAAGGACGUGUUUAAAGAAUGGAAGCUGAUCAUCAACCCCCGGAGCGUAGAGCAGACUUCAGUACACUCCACGCUGAAGCAGUUCGGACUCGUCUUUAAAGUUCCGUCUGAUGUAUGCCGCAUCAUCCAUGUCAGGGAGCCAAGGCAAGCCCAACUCUCCAAAGACCAGCUGUUCGUCGACAAAAAACUUUGGGAAUUUGAGGAGCUUUUGAUUCCCAGUAUCGAUCGCGCACUGAAUGAAUCAGGUGUGUUGUAAAAUACUGAUGCUUCCUACGGUGAAUUAGCCGUUUGGUACCGCUGUAUAUAUUCUGUUUUGCCUCACACAAAAAAAAACCUUGUGGGCUAGGGUGUGCUCUAGCUCCCCCUGGAUUAGCCAUAGCACCCACAAGAAAAUAAUGG